AACGCCCAAAGGGACCCCACCGAGUGCCACUCACUACAAUCUCAGGGACCAGAAGAAAAAUAGCCCCUCAGUUCCCAACACGGUAACAGUUUGCGGGAGAACCUAACCUCUAGCCGCGGGGAUCAGGCCUUUAAAGCCGGCCUGUAUACGGUUUCCAAGGGGACAAUGGGGAACGGAAGGACCAGGGGGAUUGUUACGUCGUCAGGCACGCCUCUCAGGACGGCCACUUGUGUGUUUUGAAACGCUAGCCUUGUGCGCCGGCUCGAGGGGGGAAAGGUUACGCAGUUGGAAGUUAAAAUUGCCAGAAUACCGCGGGUUGGGGUGGACUCAGGCGGGCACACGGGCGGUGGAGCGGCCAGGAGCGACCAGAAGAAGGCCGAAGAACCCACAACAUGUCGGAAAGGCCGUCCUCGGCUCCAGGUGGCGUGGUAAGGAGGGGUUCCACCAAACUACACAGGAAGGGAAGCAAAACCUCGUCAUUUAAGGAGAAGAAGAGGAGACUCUCGACGUCUUGCUGUCAGGGUGCAACGUUCAAGUUGGAUGGGGCCACAGCACACCGCGACCUCCAUGUGUCCAAGGACGGCUUGACAGUCUACUACGCUUCAGGAACGUCAGAAGACAAGGCAAACGAAGAUCCUGAGGAAUAUGGCAGGUUCUACGACGUUCCGUACAGCGUGAAUGCCGCCAUCCUGGGUGAUCUCCCGUUCGCUAGGGGACGCCACUACUGGGAGAUAACGGUGGGGAACAGCACGUUGUACCGGGUGGGCGUGGCCUUCCUGACGACCCCCCGCGACGAGUGUCUGGGUGAGAACGACUCCUCCUGGUGUCUGAGCUGUUCCAGCCACAUCACCGCUAAACACGACCGUAUCAACGAUGACGUCAGAGUGACGACACGCCCCGCACAGAUCGGCGUGUAUCUGGACUACGAGAUCGGGACUCUGUCGUUCUUCGACGCCGAGAAAAGAAAACACUUGUACUCCUUCCACUCCCACUUCAAGGAGCCGCUGGUCCCGGCGUUCGCGGUAUGGAACGGGUCAUUGACCGUGAGGUCAGGAAAAUUUGAGGUGGAAUACGCCAUGUGAGUUGACAUAUCAGGAAAAACGACGAAGAUUGUGACGUUAUGAUUGAUAUGAACUCAGUUUAAAAACGCCCAACGAAGUGUCCAUGACGUAAUGCAUGUGGAUAACGCCAGAGAAACAUAAUCGGACCUAUAAUCGGUGUGAUAUUGCUGCAGAUAUGUUACUGACGGGAGAGAUGCGACAUAUACGACCUAUAUACGGAAUAUU